AUGGCUUCAGAGGGUCUGGGCGCCCUCAGCGCCCAGCAGCUGGGCCACGCGGCCCGGCGCUCGCUGGCGCGGGGAGACCUCACCGAGGCCCUCCGGGCGAAGCAAGCCAAAGACACCGCAGAAAGCCUCUUGCAGUGCAAAGACGAGGAGCUUGCACGCCGACUGCUGUCUGCCGCAGGUCUUCACGAUGAGGAUUCGCUGCUCUUCACGCUGGCGCGGGACUUCUACCUCAUCAGCAGGAAGAAGCAAAUCGACCUGGUGGAGCGUUUUGCUUGGGACCAAGCAUGA